GAUGCUAUCGCAUCUGAACCCAAUAAUGUUUCAAACCCUGAUGUAUCUGGUAACGUUUCAAAUUCUGAUGUGCAUCAGGAGUCUUCAUCUCAACUGGAGCAAAAUCAUGUAAACGGAAAAGAAAAAUACCAAGAAAUUUCCGUCACGAACUUACGUGACGAUCGACAAAAUGAAACUAACGCUGAGGAACCUGAUGAAAUUGAAUCCAUUAAAAGUCAGUAUAUAGAACAAGGAUUAAUAAAAGAAUUGCUUAAUAGCAACCCUAUUAUAUCGUCAGUUAUAAUCCCAGAAUAUCGAACGUUUCAAAUUACAACACAAAGCUUAGUCCAUUUAUUUCAUUAUGCAUUACGAUCUAGGCAUGAAGAAAUCCUAGCAUGGUAUAAUUACUCAGAUAAUUUUGAAAAUAGAGUUAUCGAAAUUUGCCAUGAAUUAGGGGUUACAGAUAAAACUGCCAGAACGCAAUUAUACAAGGAAAUGUUAAAAAAUCUACCUGGUAUUACAUCAGGGUUUGAAACAUUAUUGG